UCUAGAGCCACAAGUCAGUGAGCACGUGUUUUGCGGUUUCGGUGUCGUGUCGCGGGAACGGAGUUUUGGGGCGUACGCGAUCACAUUCUGACGGUACGACCGAUCGAUCGGCUUAUGAAUUGCUGCAGUCCGAGUCCGAGUCCGAGUGAGGGUACGACAGAGGUGUACCCAACGUCAACAACAACCCAGAAAGUACAAUAUUUCCAUUUACAAGAUCAGUGUGGCCUAGCGGAAAGUAGAAUCGAAAAUAAGUGCUGUGCUAGUGUGGAAGAGUGAGUGCAAGAGAAGGUAGCAGAAGAAGAAAUAGUCGAAAAAUAGCACAAUACCGGUAGCCGCAUAACAUCAGAUUUUCCAGUACACAUCAACACCCCUAAGUCUGCAAAGCUGAAAAAGUAGGCGCGCCAAAACAACCUCAGCAACAAAGAUAAUUUUGAUGCAUAUUUCUACAAACAACGGCCGCAACGAUGUUGGGCUUCCUCGCUGCAUCAUUGUUGGUGGUUUGGAGCGCCAUCCAUUCGAUCGAUCCGACCAGUGCCGGUCCGUUGGAUGCCCUUAGCUGGGCCCGGAUGGACAACAUCAAUCUGCCCUGGCUACCAUAUGAAAACAUGACCCGUUGCUACGGUGAGCUUGGCUGCCUGAACAUCACCAAAGAAUGGUACCACUUGAUUUUCCGGCCGUUCAACGUAUUUCCCCUUCCGAGGAGCGUCAUCAACACCCGGUUCAUAUUGUACACCGAGAAAAAUCCUACCGACGGUCAACUGCUGCAGGCCGAGGUGAAAGACACCAUCAUGAAGAGCCACUUCCGGUCCGAUUGGGGAACCAAGUUUAUCAUCCAUGGGUUCAUAGAUACCCCGCUGUCGAAUUGGGUUUCGGAGAUGCGCGACGAGCUGAUAACCCGGGGUGGAUUGAACGUGAUCGUUGUGGACUGGGCUGGUGGAUCGUUACCGUUGUAUACUCAAGCGACUGCCAAUACAAGACUGGUUGGAUUGGAGAUAGCGUAUCUGAUCAAAAAGCUGGCAGAAUACAAAGAUUUGAAGGCAGAAGAUGUCCAUCUUAUAGGGCAUUCGUUGGGAGCACAUACGGCAGGUUAUGCAGCCGAACGUACUCCGGGGCUGGGGAGAAUUACAGGGUUAGAUCCAGCUGAACCGUACUUCCAGGGAAUGGAUCCAAUCGUACGGUUGGAUCCUAGCGAUGCUAGUUUGGUUGAUGUGAUCCACACCGAUGGUCGAAGCGUGUUUAGGUUGGAAAUUCCAGGUUACGGUAUGAGUCACGCUUGUGGGCAUCUUGAUUUCUACCCCAACAACGGUAAGGAACAGCCAGGUUGUGCUCUGUCACAGGAAGGUGCGGCCACAAUUCCGCUGACGUUGAUCAAAGACGGGAUCGAGGAAGCGUCACGAGUUCUCCUGGCGUGUAAUCACAUUAGAGCAAUCAAAUUAUUCAUAGAUAGUAUUAACGGCAAGUGCCCAUACGUAGCGCAUCGGUGUCCAUCUUAUCAGCACUUCCUGAGCGGAAACUGCUUCAAAUGCACAUCCGGGAAUUGUGCUCUCAUGGGGUAUCACGCAUCUCUUCCUAUCACAACUAGUAGACUCAACGUCUCGGAGAAUGACAUCAUUGGAGGGUCAUCGGUGCCGGUGGCUCCUCAACCUGGAAAAUACUUCCUCGCAACCGGCCGAGAUUAUCCCUUCUGUCAGCGUCACUACCGGUUUACGAUCGAGUUGGCCAAACCCAAAUCGGCGGAACCCUGGGUCCAGGGACACCUGACGGCGGGUAUCUUCUCCGAACGAGGUGCCAUCCGCAGUCUGGAUCUGACUCCGAAGGGCACGGCCCGGUUCGAGCAUGGCACCGUGUAUCAGGUGGUGGUCACCAACCCGAACGAUCUCGGUGACCGGAUACGCAAGGUUGAGCUGUCCUGGACCCACGACAUGAAUGUCCUGGAACCGACAACGCUCUGUUUGCUGUGGUGUAACAAUCACCUGUACGUCAAAUCGAUCCAGGUGGAAACCAUGCAGAUGCCAUCACGAGAGAAACGUAACACCGAGUACUCCAACAAACUGUGCGCACCGAAGCGCGAAUUCGCCGACAUUGCCAGCCGCGGAACGUUCUCCUUCUACGAUAACUGCAAACGGUAGGAUUGUUGAUGCCCGACCGUUCAGCUAAGUGUCCACCUUCCCCGCUAACAUAGGUCGCCUGCAAGUCGAGAUUCGGAUAGCUAAACACCUACGUAGGAUUAUUGUAAUACUCUGUCCUCAAAAAGCACCCCCAAAGUGCCCCCCUCGGAUGGGAUUCAAAAUGAGAGAUUAUUAAGUAUCGUCCAGCUUUUAAGUAGUUAGUGAAUCAGAUUGUGUACUAACCGACUUCACGCUUUGUUGUUAGAGGAAAUUACGAAGCCCAGUUUAUUCCUAUACGUGUCGCUAACCGUAGGAUUAAGGUUUGUUUGAGUUUUGUUGGAGGAUUGCUAUCGAAAAGGUUUUUAUUUGUAUGUUUCCCAUUCAUGUAACAGCAAGUGUAAGGGAAAUGCUCUAAAUGUGAUUGAACUAAUCAGAUCCGUAAUUAUUUACUCCUGACUGAACUUGUUGUACGUGCCUGAGAGUUUUCCGAUCGAGCCAAUCGAAGAAAUAGGAGCGGAAAACCAAUCCCUUUCUAAUCAUUUAGGUUUAGAAAAAAAAAUAAUAAAAGAAAAAAACAAGUAAAAUAAUAUAUCAAGCCACGUGUUCCCCCCUUAAAAAUGAUUGAAGCGAACUAAUUGUACAAAUUACAAUAACAAAUCAACGAAAAUAAGAAACGAAAAAAUUAUAACAAUACCGCGUGCUUUUAGAACAAAAUAAUUCUGCAUACAACAGAUAGUAAGAUGAAAAACCUAAAUAUUCCAACCCUAGAAUGUAAUUUAAUCGUUAAGGUGAAAUCAUUUCUAUGAAAUUUACGACUUUCUCGUCUUGAACUCGAAAAGUUUGCCUGUUGUUAUGGUUAAAUUUUCAGUUUCACACAAUUUUCGAGUCUUUUUUACGAUAAUGUUAUAGUACCUAGCCAGAGCGGAGGAGAGAAGAGAUAAGAAGCCAGCCGGAGAGACAACUAUAUACAUAUUGUAACAUUUACUGUCCCUGUAGUUAGGCAAACUGUGUCUUUGUUGUUGCACUUGUUCUUGAACUGUAAAGUGAUACAUCGCACUGUAAGGUUAAGCUUCCCUUUAACUCUUUUUUUUUAAUAAAUUCAUAAUCUAUCUUUGUAACCUA